GAAUUUGAUUGAUUUCAUUUUGAUUUCAUUUCAUUUCAUUUUGUGUCUUGGCUUGGCACGCAGCCCACACCACUACAAACCCUCUUCCUCUUCCCUCUCUUCUCUUCCCCCAUUUCCUAACCUAAAUUCCCCACCUUUCAACCUUUUCACUCAAAUCAACCCAGAAUCUUGUAUUCAUUCAUACAAAGAAAGAGAGGGAAAUGGAUUCGGAUCAGGGAAAGCUCUUCAUCGGUGGGAUUUCGUGGGAUACUACAGAGGAUAAGCUUAAGGACCAUUUCAGCAACUACGGUAACGUUUUGAGCACUUCCGUUAUGCGCGAGAAGAACACCGGAAAGCCCCGAGGUUUCGGCUUUGUUGUCUUCGCAGAUCCUUCUAUUCUCGACAGGGUUCUUGAAGAUAAGCACGUUAUCGACGGAAGAACGGUUGAUGCCAAGAGGGCCUUCUCAAGAGAGGAUCAACAAAUUUCUGUCACUUCUAGAGCUGGAAAUCCCAAUUCUGGGAUGAAUUCUGGAAACGGUGGAAAUAUCAGAACCAAAAAGAUAUUUGUUGGAGGAUUGCCGCCCACCCUAACUGAAGAAAAAUUCCGUCAGUACUUUGAAUCUUAUGGACAUGUAACUGAUGUAGUAGUCAUGUAUGAUCAGAAUACUGGACGACCACGGGGCUUUGGGUUUAUUUCAUUCGAUACUGAGGAGGCUGUUGAUAGGGUUUUGCACAAGUCAUUUCAUGAUUUGAAUGGUAAACAAGUAGAGGUAAAGCGUGCACUUCCCAAGGACGCAAAUCCUGGUGCAAGUGGCCGCAUGAUGGGUGGUGCUGGAGGUGGUGGUGCUGGAAUUGGUGGCUAUCAAGGCUAUGGGGCAUCUGGUGGCAACCAAAAUGCAUAUGAUGGUCGUAUGGAUUCUAGUAGGUAUAUGCAACCUCAAAGUGCUGCAGGUGGAUUCCCACCUUAUGGUUCUUCUGCCUAUAGUGCUCCUGGCUAUGGGUAUGGUCCGGCUAAUAAUGGCAUUGGUUAUAGUGCAUAUGGAAGUUAUGGUGGUGCCACUGCUGGAUAUGGUGGGCCUGCUGGUGCAACAUAUGGGAAUCCAAAUGUCCCUAAUGCUGCUUAUGCUGGUGGUCCACCAGGUGGCCCAAGGAGUUCAUGGCCUGCACAGGCUCCUUCUGGUUAUGGGUCUAUGGGCUAUGGGAACACCGCUCCUUGGGGUGCACCCAGUGGUGGUGCUGGAUCUGGUAGUGGUGGUCCUGGUUCAGCAACUGCGGGUCAGUCCCCUGGUGGAGCUGCUGGAUAUGGAAAUCAAGGUUAUGGAUAUGGUGGGUAUGGCGCAUAUGGUGGAAGUGAUAGUUCUUAUGGGAAUUCAAAUGUAUAUGGUACUGUUGGAGGGCGUACUGGGAGUGCUCCAAACAGCAAUGCCAGUGGUCCUGGUGGAAAUGAACUAACAAGUAGUGGUGGCAGUGGCAACUAUAUGGGAAAUGGUGCCCAUGGUGGACAAGUUGGUUAUGGUGGUGGCUAUGGUGGUGCUCAGUCUCGACAAGCCCAACAGCAGUAAUUUUGAUAGUUGAAUCUCUUGCUGGAUCUUGUACUUCAACUUGAGGAUCCCUGGCGUUUUUAAUCUUAAAUUAUGAGCUUACAAUGAAUUCUUCCAGCAGCGAAGGAGUGACUCAAAGUUCGAUGUCAAUACAGUGAUACACAAUGGGACUGGUUGGGUUGCUUGAAUCCCAGUAGUUUGCAGUAUCUGCUUUCCUAGUUUAUAAUAAGUAGUAUGGUUGAAGAGAUACUAGAUGUUACUUUCUAUUUAGUAUUUGUUUCUGCGUGUAGCUUUAAUUGCGUGCUUAUGAUUUUAGUUGAUCUGGAAUUGUCAGUUCUUGUAGCAUUUCAGCUAUAGUAUCAUAUUUCACCUUAUAUGAUGGUUUGAUGCAGUUAAUUAUCUGUGUUGUCAAUUUAUUGGUGUUUGAAAUUUCUGUACUCUGUCUGUACAUUUCUUAUUACAGUUUGGCUGUAGGAAAUCUUAUUGUGUAGACAUAUCAUACUUUAAUUGUCAUGACAAGUAGAAAUAUGAAGAUAUAGUCAAGGUAUUUACUGAUAGCAGUGGACACUUGGGUUGAUCACUUCGUAAUGGGUAGCGUAUAAUGGUAGUGAUAGUAAAAACUUUGAGGAUGGCAUAAUCAUUUUCCCCCUGUAUUUGCACUUGUGUUGUACAGGAGGAGAGGUGCACGAGUAUUGAAGUGGAGCCAAGUGUCCACUCAUGGCUAAGGCAUGAACUUUGGUCAGUCAUAUUGUGUUUUUCUGGUCCAACGCAUCGCCAAAUUUGGAGAUUUCUGGCUUUUCAUGGAUAAAAUCUCAUAACUUUCAAUCUGGUGUGUGGUGGCUGACAGAAAUUGUGAGGGCUUGAGGGGAUGGUUUGCGGCACAUUGACCAUAUCAGUUGGCCGUGACUUGUUAGAAUUUUUAUCCCAGUUUUAGGUGUCCAGUUGAUUGAUACCUUUGAUUCUGGCUUGUGUUUGAAUUUUCAUGCUCCAGAUAAUUCCAUGUCUACAACAU